AUGUCAGAAGGAGGCUGCAGAGCAGAUCGACCAGAUUUGGCGGAUAUAACAUCCGGCGGUAUGUUUCAGUCUCAAAGGCAAUUCACUCCCAAUGCGAGCUGGGAUUACAAGGUCGCCCCCCAAGGCCUCUCGCACCAUACCUGCACUCCUGACACGCGCGGAAUAUACGGGUUUCUUAAAUGGCCGAUAGAUAAGGUUUAG